AGACCGUCGUGUUAGCCACUAGACCAGCUAGCUUAAACCCGCGGUCAGAGAGUCUCACAACUCCAGACCGUCGUGUUAGCCACUAGACCAGCUAGCUUAAACCCGCGGUCAGAGAGUCUCACAACUCCAGACCGUCGUGUUAGCCACUAGACCAGCUAGCUUAAACCCGCGGUCAGAGAGUCUCACAACUCCAGACCGUCGUGUUAGCCACUAGACCAGCUAGCUUAAACCCGCGGUCAGAGAGUCUCUCAACUCUAGACCGUCGUGUUAGCCACUAGACCAGCUAGCUUAAACCCGCGGUCAGAGAGUCUCUCAACUCCAGACCGUCGUGUUAGCCACUAGACCAGCUAGCUUAAACCCGCGGUCAGAGAGUCUCUCAACUCCAGACCGUCGUGUUAGCCACUAGACCAGCUAGCUUAAACCCGCGGUCAGAGAGUCUCACAACUCCAGACCGUCGUGUUAGCCACUAGACCAGCUAGCUUAAACCCGCGGUCAGAGAGUCUCACAACUCCAGACCGUCGUGUUAGCCACUAGACCAGCUAGCUUAAACCCGCGGUCAGAGAGUCUCUCAACUCCAGACCGUCGUGUUAGCCACUAGACCAGCUAGCUUAAACCCGCGGUCAGAGAGUCUCACAACUCCAGACCGUCGUGUUAGCCACUAGACCAGCUAGCUUAAACCCGCGGUCAGAGAGUCUCACAACUCUAGACCGUCGUGAUAGUGUGGUGUGUGCACUUGUUGAGUGUGGUGUGUGCACUUGUUGAGUGUGGUGUGUGCACUUGUUGAGUGUGGUGUGUGCACUUGUUGAGUGUGGUGUGUGUACUUGUUGAGUGUGGUGUGUGCACUUGUUGAGUGUGGUGUGUGUACUUGUUGAGUGUGGUGUGUGCACUUGUUGAGUGUGGUGUGUGCACUUGUUGAGUGUGGUGUGUGCACUUGUUGAGUGUGGUGUGUGCACUUGUUGAGUGUGGUGUGUGUACUUGUUGAGUGUGGUGUGUGCACUUGUUGAGUGUGGUGUGUGCACUUGUUGAGUGUGGUGUGUGCACUUGUUGAGUGUGGUGUGUGUACUUGUUGAGUGUGGUGUGUGUACUUGUUGAGUGUGGUGUGUGCACUUGUUGAGUGUGGUGUGUGCACUUGUUGAGUGUGGUGUGUGCACUUGUUGAGUGUGGUGUGUGUACUUGUUGAGUGUGGUGUGUGUACUUGUUAAGUGAUAGUGUGGUGUGUACUUGUUAAGUGAUAGUGUGGUGUGUGUACUUGGUAAGUUGUAGUGUGUGCACUUGUUAAGUGAAAGUUAAGACACUUGUGCAACAUCUGGUUAUCUUUAUUGUAGACGUUUCGCCAUCCAGUGGCUUUAUCAAUACAAAUUCUUGGACAUAAUAAGAAAAACGAAGAACUAUAUACAAAAGAUGAGGUAAUCAGUCCCUCGGCCUUGGAGGUGGUGUUUAGAGCACCGUGGUUGUAGAGAUUCUGAAGCUUUUGCUUCUGAUGACCAGAGCUUUGGUAAGAUGGGUAAGGAAGAAGGAUGGGUAAGGAUGGAAAUAUUGGAAAAGGGUGGGAGGGGGGGGGGAGAGGUAGGAUAUAAAAGGUAAGUGGCCCAACCACUUUGGUGCAAUUUAAAAAGUCAAUGUGAAUUAAUAAGAUAUUCUUUAAGAGGUAUAAUACUAACCCAUCAGAGUCACCUCACUACAGUAUAUAAGCCACGUCUACGGCCCUAUGCUGUACAUUCUACAAGAUUGAUGGACUGAACACAUCGACUCCAGGCUGAGGGACUGAUUACCUCAUACUCCUCUCCUUACGCUUUCCUCUUUGUAUUGGACUGAUGAGGCCACUGUGUGGCGAAACGUUUCCUGAAUAAAGAUUCCCAUAUGCUGCAUAAGUGUCUCAAUCUUCAACUUGUCGGUUUUUCAAACCAUUCAUCACAAUCCCCCUUAUGUAUGUUGGGAGGCAGUUGAACAGUCUCGGGCCCCUGACACUUGUUGUAUGGUCUCUUAACGUGCUAGUGACACCCCUGCUUUUCAUUGGGGGGAUGGUGCAUCGUCUGCCAAGUCUUUUGCUUUCGUAGUGAGUGAUUUUCGUGUGCAAGUUCGGUACUAGUCCCUCUAGGUGAACAGGACAACAGGUAUAAGAAAACGUGUUAAAAUGUUUUCACUUCCCGGGCCGUGUGUUUGUGUGUGUGAAGCGAGUUUUGCCAACCAGGUCACUGGUCCACCAGCACUGGCACACAGUAUUGCAAUACACACAGUAGGUGGUCACGCCUCAAAUAUCUUUUAUUAUACAACAAAGAAGUUCAGUUCCAUAGUCAGAUAGUUCCUGACUAUGGAACUGAACUUCUCCAGGCUGAGGGACUGACAACCUCAAAUUCUACGACUUCAAGGGUGAUGGACUGAUUACAUCGUCUUCACAUCUCUACUGUUCCUGCCUACUUUCUGUAUUCGACUGAAGAAGCCUACUGUGUAGGCGAAACGUUUCGGAAUAAGUUGCCUAACUGUUGCCUAUGUCUUAUCUACCAACUUGUCGGUAUUGUAUACCAUUUUGAUAUUCAAUAUUUUAUUACAUGUAAACUAUAUUGUGUAUUACUGCAUAAAAAUUAAAAUUUGUUUACUUAAUAAAUGAAAGUAUAGAGAGGGAGGAGAGUGAUUUCUUAUAUAAUUAACAUUCGUAUAACUUAGUAUUUUAAGUUGAUCUCUAUUGAAUGUUUAUGUAAACUAUUCCUAUUUCACCUCUUUUAUUGUAAGUGAUCUUCACGUAGCUGCUUUAAUUUUAAUUUUAAAGGUUAUAAUCAUGAAUGAUAUCUGCUGUUUCUUACAGCUAGGCUUUAAAUAAUAAGAUAUUACAAGGACCAGAAUGGAAAUAAGUUAUUUCAUUUGGCUUUUUUUGGAUUAUCCUGGUUUAUUUACACAUAUUACUGUGUAUGAUAAUUGUGAUCAUUUUAAUUUAUGUAAGUAUUAUGUGUACUUGUACAUAAAUAAACUUACUCUUCUCUGCUGGAUGCUGUAAGACAUACAUAAAUAUAUAACAUUUCCAUGGCAUAAUUUGGUAAGCAUUGACUGGUAGUAUAGAUGUGACUCGACCAACAUUAAACAGUGCCAACUUGAAGCAUCGAGUUACAAUUACUGGUCUAAUUCUGACUACUGAUAGUACAGUGCCAAUGUUAGUGGAGUCUUAUUUUACCUGAUCUGACAAAUUCCACUAUUCUUCUCUAAAGGUCUCUAACCUUCAUCAAGAACCGUGUUUGACACCCAUAUUUUUUUUCCAGAUCUACGAAUUUUUUCAGUUACUGUCUCAGUUGAGUGCUGGGCAUCAACCUCUGGUGGGGUAUGGGCAUGGGUGCCCACCUGACCUACAUAACAACCUGGUGUUGCCAUUACUAUUCUGACCUGACCUGUGUGUUCCUGGUUCUCGCAAGUUUGUGCAACAUUUCUUGUGUAGGACGUGUGAAGUAGAACCUGUGAAGUAGAACCUGUGAAGUAGAACCUGUGAAGUAGAACCUGUGAAGUAGAACCUGUGAAGUAGAACCUGUGAAGUAGAACCUGUGAAGUAGAACCUGUGAAGUAGAACCUGUGAAGUAGAACCUGUGAAGUAGAACCUGUGAAGUAGAACCUGUGAAGUAGAACCUGUGAAGUACAGCAUCACUGCUGCUGCCUCUCAUAACAUUACAUGCUUAGCACCUAGCACUAUGCUGGGAAGAACAGGCCUUGUUCACCAAAUAAUAUGGGGAGCAAGACAUUUUUCACUAGCAUCAAGGAAGCACUUGCAGUUGACAUGUUGCAGACAAAGAGCUACGCUAAUAGAUGGGAAGAAGGUUGCUGCUGAAAUUUACGAGGAGCUUUAUUUAGAAGUUCAAAAUAUGGUAGCAUGUGGACGGCGAGCACCUCAUCUGGUGCUUGUAAGAGUAGGUAAUGACCCUGCUUCUGGCACCUAUGUCAAGAAUAAAAUCAAGGCAGCUGAUAAGAUUGGUAUUCAAAGUACCAUUCACCAUUUGCCACAAGACACCAGCAAGUCGACUCUCUUAAAACUUUUGAAUGAGCUCAAUGUUGAUCCAGAUGUUGAUGGCAUUCUGGUACAGCUUCCACUACCAGACCACAUAGAAGAAAAGGUUGUGUGCAACUCUGUGAGUCCAGAGAAGGAUGUUGAUGGGUUCCAUGUAGUCAAUAUUGGGAGGUUUUGUUUAGAUAUGCACAGCAUGCCAUGUACCCCUCUAGGGGUCAUGGAGCUUAUUAAGCGGUAUGGCAUAAAGACCUUUGGUAAGAAUGCAGUUGUUUGUGGAGUAGCAAGAAUGUUGGGUGCCAUUGCUAUGCUGCUGCACGGAGAUGGGAUUCGCCCAGAUGGCAAACUAGGUGGUAUGGAUGCAACCACGACUAUAUGUCACCGAUACACACCAGCAGAGCAACUCCGCGUUUUUAUUGCUACGGCAGACAUCAUCGUUACCGCAGCUGGUCUUCCAGGUCUCAUCACUGGAGACAUGAUCAAGCCAGGAUGUGCCAUAUUAGAUGUUGGAAUUAAUCGAAUCAAAGAUCCAGUUACAGGCAAACUCUCACUUGUAGGAGAUUGUGAUUUUGAAAGUUGUGUAGAAAAAGCAUCUUACAUAACUCCAGUUCCAGGUGGUGUUGGUCCAAUGACUGUGGCAAUGUUGAUGUGCAACACAGUUUCAGCUGCUAAGAACAAUGCUGUUGAUAUCAGGCUUAGCAAAGAUUAGCUUUCAUUUGCACUUGUUGCAGUAUUAAGUGCUAAGCCUGUAUGAGGCGUACAGCUAAGUGGGUUUUGCAAUUUUUUAAGGUGGUAUGUAUCUGUGGCAAAGUGUUAAACAGGGAGUGUAGUGCCUGGGAAAUGGGAUUACUCAAGGAAAGUUUCUUAAUGCUGGUAAGGGGUUCUUGAUCCAAGGAAUAGGACCUGUCCCACCCUUCCUAAUUGUCUCCCAGGUGCUAUAUGACCCACAGAGGGAUGACUAAGGGAACUAAUGCGCCAGACAAGCUAACAAGAAAAGCUAAAGAUAGGAGUUUUGGAAAGGAGCCAGUAAUGUAAUAAUACUCAGGUGCUGGAGUGUGAUCAUAAUUAAUCCAAGAAGCUCUGAUAACUGGGAGAAUGAAAUUAAAAGGUGUUGGACUAUUUGUGGCACUUGAUAUGUUCAUUUGUGACAACUGAAAACUACUUAUCCUGUAACCCCCUACCAAUGUUGCCAUUAACCCCAAAAACUAUUCCAGUUUUGUCCAAGUCAGAAUAGGGUAAAUCUGGCAAGGAAAUGGACAAAUUUUGGACACCAGAAUGUCCAGGAACCCAGUAAAAUACUCUGCUGCAGAGGCAGCAGCCAGUGUUGAAAGACAGAAGACAGUGAAAUGUAGAGAAAGCUGCAAAUAGCUAACAGUUCAUUUGGUACAAGACCAUGAAUGAAAUAACAAGGAGCUGUUUCAUGGGAAGCUGCCCCAAAUACCUGCGAUGGAGCCUAUCAUUGGUACACUAUAGUGUAUUCACUGGGGCAGUGCCAUUUACAGUAUAUUGAAGCACUGAAUCCAGCAGUCAUGUUUGAUCCAAGGGAAGGUUUUACUCUUUACUAGAGGCUUCACUGCCAUGAAGCUCCUCUAGAAGGGCAUGUGCUAUCAUAGUUGGCCUUCUGUAUGUUUAGUGUACCGACUUACAGGUAAUACAUGUAUAUACCAUUUCCCGUUGUAAUUUAAUAAAACUUUUGCACAUACUUUUUAUUUGUCAUUGGAAAUGCAAGAACAGUCAACUUCACCUUUUGUGGGGGAAGUGCUAUACAUUUAGGGGGUCUCGUGCCACUGAAGUUCAAUCCAAGGGUUGAAACAUUCCUUAAACUGUUGUGACCCCUUGGAAAUGAAGUGGCAGAGCAUAGGUAGGAAACCAUGAUCCUAUUGGAAAUUUUUAACUAUGGUUAGAAUGGAAAGCACAGAAUACCAAGGUGGUGGUAAUAGCUCAUAUGGAUAGUAGUUUGGAAAAGAAUUGGGCAAUCUCUAUGGUGGGUAGAGUAACAUUUCCACAGUGGUGAGGGCAGGUGCAAGAAAUGGUAUAAAGGAAGAGUAAGUUUAUGGGUUAGUAUGUCUAGAUCAGGUGUUACCAAUCUGGGGGUGUGAGAUUGCAUUUCAGGGGGUUCAGUUGGGUUAAAUUUGUUUAUCCACAGCACUAUUUUGUUAAAUUGGAGAUUUAAAAAUUAGAAUUUUACUUAACCUUCAAAUGUGAUUACUUUUGUCGAGGGGAAGUGGGGAGGGGGAUAGGUGGCAACAAACAUUUACUAGGGGGUGCAGGGCAUAGAAAAGGUUGGGAACCCCUGGUGUAGAUCUUUAAGAACAUUGGUUUAAGAGAUGGAAAGUAAACUGGUCUCUGCCAGACCAAUUUACUCUUGCAUGGUCUGUACAGUUCAUUUUUUGAAUGAGGUAAAAGUAUUUCAGGGACAACGGAAGACUUGGGGGAAAAAUGACAAAGGGAACAUACAAAGACUAAGGGUUGGAUACCGUAGAGCACAUUAUUAUAAUAAAAAAAAGCACUAAACCACAAGGGCUAUACUGCGCUGCAGGGCAAGAAGGAAGUGGGGGUAUCAGGUGGCAAAAGGGAGAAGGAUAAUUAGUAGGUUACGGAGAACAGUGGGGCAGUGGAUAGUACAGGGGUAGAGGGUAGCAAGAGAUUGAGGUUUAGAAAGGGCUGAGGGGAGUGUGAAAGGUAUUGUCAUCAGAGUUUGCGGAGUAAGUCAGUUGUUGUCAAGAAGUCAAUGAGAGAGUCAGGAUUAAAGGAGAGUCCAUCAGCAAGAAGGGAAGGUAGAGAGUGUAGUAGAGCCGAGACAACGACUGAGGUAAAUUCUGCGUGCUCAUUGAUAGAGAGGGCAGUCUAACAGAAUGUGGCUAACCGAUACUGGAACCUGAUACGUCUCAGAGAGGAACAGGGUGCCCCAUGAGUAAGACGAGUGUGGCCAAUGCGAAGACAGGAGAGAGCAGUCUCUCAAUCUCGACAGUGAUGACAAGAAGAUGGCCAGUAACCCAUACUCGGUUUAAUAGAAUGAAGUUCGUUACCGAGUAAAUUAGACCAACAUUGUUGCCAACGGGUGUGAAGGUGGGUAGCUAUUACAGCAAAAUAGUCCGCAAAUGGAACACCUCUAUAUGAAACUGAUAGGUCAUGUACUGCUGACCACGCACCAGUGUCUGCCUGUUCAUUGCCCUGUACGUCAACAUGACCAGGGACCCAACAAAA